UGUAGAAGCACACAAAUGCAGAAAUAAGCAGUUUUGAGUGAUCGAAUUACAUAUAAUUCUCCUCCGGCUGUCAAUAUAGCAAAGAUGCAGGUGAAUAUAACCUCAAUUCGGACAUCCUCGAAUGGAGUUUGGCAAGGCGAUAACCCCCUCGAUUACGCCUUCCCUUUGCUUAUUAUCCAAACCACCUUAAUCCUCCUCCUCUGCCGCCUCCUCGCCUUCCUCUUUAAACCCCUCCGCCAACCCAAAGUCGUCGCCGAGAUGAUGAGUGGAAUUUUAUUGGGGCCAUCAGCUUUCGGGCGAAACGAAGAAUUUAUGAGGAGAAUUUUCCCGAAAUGGAGUACUCCCAUCCUGGAAUCAUUAGCGACGGUUGGGCUCCUCUUCUUUCUUUUCCUGGUAGGCCUGGAGCUGGACUUGAACUCCAUACGGCGGGGCGGUCGCCGCGCCUUCGCAAUAGCUCUCGCCGGAAUUUCGCUGACAUUCGUAAUCGGGAUCGGCGUAACCUCUGUCUUCCGCCAAGCCGUCGACGGAGCAGACAAAGUCGGCUACGCCUUCCCUGUACGGGCUCGCGUGCUAGCCGAGCUCAAGCUCCUUACUACACACGUAGGCGAGACCGCCAUGGCCGCAGCGGCAUUCAACGACGUCGCAGCUUGGAUUUCACUCGCUCUAGCUGUCGCGCUCGCAGGUAAUGGCGGCGAUGGGCCAAAGAGAAGCCCGUUGAUUUCCAUAUGGGUUCUUCUAUCCGGCGUCCUUUUUGUUACUUUCAUGAUGGUGGCGAUCAAGCCCGCUAUGAAGUGGGUGGACCGGCGGUGCUCGUCGGAGCACGAUACAGGCGAUGAACCCUAUAUCAGCUUAACCCUCGGCGGUGUUUUGGUGGCGGGGUUUGCUACUGAUUUAAUCGGCAUACACGCGAUAUUCGGUGCGUUUAUUUUCGGGUUAAUAAUACCGAAAGGGGGAGAUUUUUCUCGGAGAUUAACGGAGAGGAUUGAGGACUUCGUGUCCGGUUUGUUGCUGCCUUUGUACUUCGCUCUGAGUGGGUUGAAAACUAACGUGGCGACGAUAAAGGGCGGAGGGGCGUGGGGACUGCUGCUGAUGGUGGUCACGGCUGCGUGUGCCGGAAAGAUCAUCGGAACUUUUGCUGUGGCAAUGAUGUGCAUGAUUCCGGCGAGGGAGUCUAUAACGCUUGGCGUGCUGAUGAAUACCAAAGGGCUGGUGGAGUUGAUUGUUCUGAAUAUUGGCAAGGACAAAAAGGUUCUGAAUGACGAGGCCUUUACAAUACUAGUGCUAAUGGCACUCUUCACUACAUUCCUCACUACUCCAGUCGUGAUGGCCAUAUAUAAACCCGCGCGUUGCGUCGCCGCCGCUGUGCACCGCCACCUGCAGUCUAUUUCCCGCGGCUCCUCCGACGAACUCCGAGUUCUGGCCUGUGUACACGGACCCAGCAACAUCCCCUCUAUCCUUAACCUCAUUCGAUUAACUCGCUCCACCAACAAAUCCUCCCGCCUAAAACUCUACGUUAUGCACCUUCUAGAGCUGACCGAGCGCUCCUCCUCAAUUAUUAUGGUCCAACGUCUGAGGAAAAAUGGCUUCCCUCUCAUCAGCCGCCUCCGCCGUGACGGCCAGUUGCACGACCAAGUCGCCCUUGCUUUCAAGGAAUACGGCCAAACGGGUCGGGUCAGCGUCCGCCCAGCGACGGCUAUAUCAGCGUUGGCAUCAAUGCACGAGGAUAUCUGCCAUGUUGCGGAGAAGAAGAUGGCGGCGAUGAUUCUUCUGCCAUUUCAUAAGCGGUGGAGGAAGAUCAACGGCGAGGAUGAGGAGGAAUCUCUGGGGCAUGGAUGGAGAUGGGUGAAUCAGAGAGUAUUCAGAGAGGCGCCUUGCUCAGUGGCUGUGUUGGUGGACCGUGGAUAUGGAAAUGAGGUCCAGAAGACUGCGGCCGCUGCCACGGCGUUGCAGAACGUAUGUGUCAUUUUCUUUGGUGGGCCAGAUGAUAGGGAGGCGUUGGAGUUGGGUAGUCGGAUGGCGGAGCACCCGGGGGUGAAGGUGGCAGUGAUAAGAUUUAGGGAGAAGUAUCGAGUGCUAAAUCCAUCGGUUGAGAACAGCAGAGGAACCGAGGAGGAACAUGAUGAGGAAGCAUUGGCAGAAUUCAGAAGGAGAUGGGAAGGCAGAGUAGAGUUCACAGAGAAAUUAGCUGUCGACAUAGUAGACCAAGUUUUGGCAAUUGGGACAAGCGGAGAAUACGACAUAAUAGUUGUGGGAAAUGGCCGGCGCCCCUCCAGCAUGGUGGCCGCCCUAGCAGACCUUGCCGUUGAGCACCUGGAGCUCGGCCCGGUUGGAGAUGUGUUGGCGUCGUCAGGCCGAGGCAUUGCCUCCUCGGUGCUAGUGGUUCAGCAACACGUCUCAGAAGAGUUGCAGGUUUCAAAGAUCAGUCCAGAGGAUGAUGUUCAUGAGCAAAUUUCAAGUGCGGUCUAAAUCGAUUUUAGAAAGGGAGUGGUUAUGGUUAUGGAUUUAAAUUGUUGUUUGUGAGAUGGAAUCUGUAUUUUGGUUGUUGUGGUAAACUAUGAGUUUUGUAAUGGGAUAAUUAUUAUAUUUACAUUCCUAUUUUGUGUUCUAUUUACAUAAAUUAUUCA